UCAUUCACUCUCUCCCUGUCUCUCUAGAUUAUCUCCUCUAAACUCAAUCAACAUACAUACAUACACGCGUUGUAUGUAUGCACUAAUCCACGUAUAAAAUCACAUUUUAUACCUUUCAAUCAGACACACACACACAGACAAGACAAACAGAUAGAGUUUUAGAUCAUAUAUACAUACUAGUUUAUUACAGCUUCUCAAGGGUUUUAAGUUAAGUUGAUGGAGCAUCGGUUCAGAAAUCAAGCAUACGUAUAUCUUCUUGUUCUUGGAUUCUUUUUCUUUCAUGACUUGGGCUGUGUUGCGCAGCUUUUGCCUCCUCAAGAAGUGUAGGGCAAUGACGGAUUGACGGCUCCUUGUAUCCACAAAAGUCUCCGCCAAUAAGUCCAAAAAUAGUUUACAAACUCUUAAGGCAAUAGCGACAAAGCUCAAUAUUAAGCAUUGGGACGUUAAAAGCACUUCUUGCAGUGGGGGUGGAGGAUUGAGUGUGGAGUUUAACAUUCCUCAGCCACUUAGCAAUGUGACUUGCGAUUGUACAUUCAGUAACGGUUCCGUUUGCCAUGUCACCCAUAUCUGAAGCGCCUAAAUUUGACGGGAGAACUACCUUCUGAAUUUUCAAAACUUGCCUAUCUCCAAGAACUAGAGCUGGCUCAGAACAAUAUAAAUGGAACUAUCCCCGCCACUUUUGGUCAGCUUCCUCUCAAAACUCUAACUGUUGGUAACUUGAUGACCAUACUGCAGAGGCCUUUUGGAUAACCGUAUCAGUGGUUCAAUUCCCCCAGAAAUAGCUAAUAUCGAUAUGCUUGAAGAGCUGAUCAUAGAAGAUAAUCAGCUGGGCGGAACUCUUCCUCCAGGGCUUGGAAAUUUGAAAAGUUUGAGGAGACUCCUUCUUUCUGCUAACAACUUUACUGGAACGAUACCCGAGUCUUUCAGUGCUCUAAAGAAUCUAUCAGACUUUACAAUAGAUGGGAGUGGAUUGUCUGGAAAGAUACCUGAUUUCAUUGGAAAUUGGACCAAAAUGACGAUAUUGAAUCUGCAAGGUACAUCUAUGGAGGGUCCUAUCCCUUCUAGUAUCUCUAUGUUGAAAAACCUACGUGAGUUAAGGAUAUCUGAUUUGAAUGGAUCUAUUUCAAGGUUUCCGAAUCUGCGAAAUAUGACAAAUAUGAAAUACUUGAUACUAAGGAAUUGCCUAAUUGAAGACUCGUUUCCACCAUACAUUGCAGAGAUGAAAAGCUUAAAUACCUUAGAUUUGAGCUUUAACAGGUUGUCUGGACCUAUCCCAGAUUCAGUUCAGCCUUUGGAGUCCAGCCUGAAUUUUUUGUAUCUGAAUAGCAACUUACUAAGCGGGGUGAUUCCAAGCUGGAUUUCUAACAGCAAAAAGAAUUUUGAUGCAUCAUACAAUAAUUUUACGCAACUAGCAUCUCAAUAUGGAUGCCAGGCAUCUAGAGUAAAUUUAGUUGCUAGUCAUUCAUCUUCAACCAGUGAUUCGACUUUGUGGUGCUUGAAAAAAGACCUCCCUUGCCCCUCCUCAACCCAAUACCAUUCACUGUUUGUUAAUUGUGGAGGACCUAAAAUAAAAUCAGGGGGAAAGGAGUACGAAGAUGAUUUAGUUACAGAUGGUGCAUCAUACUUUUAUCCUACAGAGCAAUGGGCUUAUAGCAGCACCGGUGUUUACAUAUAUAAUGACAAAUCUAAUUUCGUUGCUAGUAAGGCUAAUGUUACCGGAGAAGAAUAUUAUCAAACAGCCCGCGUCUCCCCUUCUUCACUCAAGUAUUAUGGUCUUUGCUUGCAAAAGGGUAGUUAUAAAGUACGCCUCCACUUUGCCGAAAUACAGUUCUCUGAUGAUGCAACGUUUAGCAGCAUUGGAAGGCGCAUUUUUGAUGUAUCCAUUCAAGAGAAUGUUGUUUGGAAAGACUUCAACAUUGCAGAGAAUGCCGGAGGAAUUGGAAAGGGUUUCACCUUGGAAAGGGAUGUUACUAUUAAUGGUAGUACCCUUGAGAUUCACUUGUACUGGGCAGGGAAAGGGACUACUGCAGUUCCUGAUAGAGGUGUAUAUGGACCUCUAAUAUCAGCAAUUUCAGUAACACCAAACUACAAAAUCAGUACGGGGGCCUUAUCAACUGGAACUAUUGCUGGCAUUGUGGUUGCUUCACUUGUGAGUGUUGCUCUGAUUUUAGUUGUGUUAUGGAGGAAAGGAUUCCUAGGAGGAAAAGACUCUGAAGAUAAAGAACUGCGAGGAGCAAUAGAACAACAGACAGGUUACUUUAGUUUAAGGCACAUCAAAGCUGCAACUGGUAACUUUGACCAUGCAAAUAAGAUUGGUGAAGGAGGAUUUGGACCAGUUUAUAAGGGUAGACUAGCAGAUGGUCUAGAAAUUGCUGUUAAACAGCUGUCCUCCAAAUCUAAGCAGGGAACCCGUGAAUUUAUCAAUGAAAUAGGCAUGAUAUCUGCUUUACAGCACCCAAAUCUUGUAAAGCUUUAUGGAUGCUGCAUUGAAGGCAAUCAAUUGCUUCUAGUAUAUGAGUACUUGGAAAACAACAGUCUUGCUCGAGCCCUUUUUGGUCGUGAUGGACAACGACUGAACCUGGACUGGGUGACGAGAAAGACGAUUUUAUUGGGGAUAGCUAGAGGCUUAACAUAUCUUCAUGAGGAAUCGAGGAUAAAAAUAAUUCAUAGAGACAUAAAGGGGACAAAUGUACUGCUUGAUAAAGAUCUUAAUGCAAAGAUAUCAGACUUUGGUUUGGCCAAGCUUGAUGAAGAGGAGCAUACUCAUAUCAGCACACGAAUUGCUGGAACAGUAGGAUAUAUGGCUCCAGAAUAUGCAAUGCGGGGUUACUUGACUGAUAAGGCAGACGUGUACAGCUUUGGGAUUGUUGCACUAGAGAUUGUUAGCGGGAAAAGCAAUACAAGUUAUAUGCCAAAAGACGAGUUUGUGUCCCUUCUCGAUUGGGCCUAUGUCCUUCAAGAGCAAGGAAGUCUUUUGGAAAUCGUAGACCCGAUUCUUGGAACAAAUUACUCCAAACAAGAGGUGAUAAGUACAUUAAACAUAGCUUUAUUAUGCUCAAGUCAAUCAGCCUCUCUGAGGCCAGCCAUGUCUGCGGUUGUAAGUAUGCUUGAAGGGAAAAGGAAAGUCGAACCGCCCAAUAUCAAACGCACCACAACAAAUAACAACAUGAUAUCUAAAGGCUUCGAAAAGAUCACAACAGAGAGCCAAACACAAUCAUCUACAUUCUCACAGGAGAGCCUGGGAGCAAGGACCGGGUCAUCAAUGGAUGCACCCUGGUUUGAUUCCACAAUUUCUAUACCAAGUAAGGAUACUGGCAAAACUGUUAAAGAUCUGUAUGAUGUUAAUUUGGAGUAGAUGCCUAUGGAUAAACAUAUUUAUUGUAAUAAUGUCAAUUGCAUCUGAAUACUGAGGUAUAAACUGCAUGCUGCAGAUGCAGAAUCCUAUAUUAGUAACACAUGAAUAUAUAAAUUUGUGUGGAAUGUUAA